UGUGGACGGUGUGACGGGGACUUGAGCGGCCAUUGAGGGCGGCCAGGGUGAGCCUCCCCCACCCCCCCUCCCCCCAAUCUACUUGGUGUGCGGGCUGAGCUACGAUGGAGGACCGCAUGACGGGGCACAAAAAGGAGAAGCGUUAUGAGUGCGACGUGUGUGGCAAGGCCUGUCAGUACCCGAGCGAGCUGGAGACCCACCGGCGGGUGCACACGGGAGAACGCCCCUUCCACUGCUCGGAGUGCGACAAGAGCUUCACCAGCUUCAGUACCCUGCCACGGCACAAACGCGUGCACUCCAGCGAGAGGCCCUUCACCUGCUCCGACUGCGGCAAGAGCUUCAAGAUGGCGAAUGAGCUGAAGAUCCAUCGGCGGGUGCACACGGGCGAGAAGCCCUAUCGCUGCUCCACCUGCGGCAAGAGCUUUGCCCAGUUGUCGGGGCUGCAGGUGCACCGGCGGGUGCACAGCAGUGAGCGGCCCUUCACCAGCUCCGAUGGCGGCAAAGGCUUCAAGUCGGCACCAGCGCUGAAGAAGCACAGGCGUGUGCACACCAGCGACCGUCCCUUCAACUGCGCCCAGUGUGGCAAGGGCUUCUCCCGCUCCGCCAGCCUGCUGUUGCACCAGCGCGCCCACACUGGCGAGCGCCCCUACACCUGCAUCCAGUGCGGCAAGGGCUUCACUUCCUCCAGCAAGUUGCUGUUGCACCAGCGCACCCACACUGGCGAGCGCCUCUACACCUGCAUCCAGUGCGGCAAGGGCUUCACCCAGUCUAGUCACCUGCUGGAGCACCAGCGCGCCCACACUGGCGAGCGCCCCUACACCUGCAUCCAGUGCGGCAAGGGCUUCACCUCCUCCAGCAAGUUGCUGUUGCACCAGCGCACCCAUACUGGCGAGCGUCCCCACAACUGCAUCCAGUGCGGCAAGCGCUUCACCCAGUCCAGCAACCUACUGGUGCACCAGCGCACCCACACCGGCGAGCGCCCCUACGCCUGCGCCCAGUGCGGCAAGGGCUUCACCCGCUCCAGCAACCUACUGGAGCACCAGAGCACCCACACCGGCGAGCACCCCUACACCUGCGCCCAGUGUGGCAAGGGCUUUUCCCGCUCCUCCAGGCUGCUCUCCCACCAGCGGGUGCACGCCGGCGACCGUCCCGUCCCCAGCCAGGUGUGAGGAGAGAGCUUUGCCAUGGCCUCCCGUGCCCCGUCUAAUCAGCGCG